CGAGAUGGCGGUGUGCGCAGGCGCAAGACUAGGGCUCUUGGAACCGGAAGUUAAGGCGUUCGCGGCUUGUAAAUCCAGGGCCUGAAAACCCAGAAUGAACUUGUGUCCAUCCCAGAGAUCACUGCAGGUAUCAUGAGGUACCCUUUGUGUCAUCAGCUCAAGCAGUCCCCUGACCACUUUAUCAUCUGUGGUGGUCCUGUGCCCUGACUAGGAGGAAAAAUUAGCUCUUUGAAGAUAAAGUAGUUCUCUGUUGCAAUUUAAGGCACUGGCCUCUUAAAUUGUUGCAGGUUGGGAAUGGAUGAGAAUAUUUGUUUUGGGUGAUCAGAACUGAGACCCCCAUUGUGGAUUAGUAACAUGCCGCCUCCUAGAACAAGAGAGGGCAGGGAUCGCCGAGACCACCACUGGGCUCCCAGCGAGGAAGAGGCCUUGGAGAAAUGGGACUGGAAUUGUCCAGAGACACGUCGCCUCUUGGAAGAUGCCUUCUUCCGUGAGGAGGAUUACAUCCGUCAGGGUUCUGAGGAAUGUCAGAAGUUUUGGACCUUCUUUGAGCGCCUGCAGAGAUUUCAGAAUCUCAAGACCUCCAGGAAGGAGGAGAAAGACCCUGGACAGCCCAAGCACAGCAUCCCAGCGCUGGCCGACCUACCUCGCGCUUAUGACCCACGUUACCGCAUCAACCUCUCUGUUCUUGGCCCUGACACACGGGGCUCUCAGGGGCUGGGCAGGCACUUGCCUGCGGAGAGAGUGUCUGAGUUCCGCCGGGCCCUGUUGCACUAUCUGGACUUUGGCCAGAAGCAGGCAUUUGGGCGUCUGGCCAAGCUGCAGCGUGAGCGGGCAGCCCUCCCCAUCGCCCAGUAUGGGAACCGCAUCCUGCAGACACUGAAGGAGCACCAGGUGGUGGUAGUGGCCGGUGACACCGGCUGUGGCAAGUCCACUCAGGUGCCCCAGUACCUGCUGACUGCUGGCUUCAGUCACGUGGCGUGUACCCAGCCCCGGCGGAUCGCCUGCAUCUCACUGGCCAAGCGUGUAGGCUUUGAGAGCCUUAGUCAGUAUGGCUCACAGGUCGGCUACCAGAUCCGCUUUGAGAGCACGCGUUCGGCGGCCACCAAGAUUGUGUUCCUGACGGUGGGGCUGCUUCUGCGACAAAUCCAGCGGGAGCCCAGUCUGCCCCAGUACGAGGUCCUGAUUGUGGAUGAAGUCCAUGAGCGGCAUCUCCACAAUGAUUUCCUCCUGGGUGUCCUCCGGCGCCUGUUGCCCAAGCGGCCUGACCUCAAGGUCAUCCUCAUGUCGGCCACCAUCAACAUCUCGCUCUUCUCCAGCUAUUUCAGCAAUGCACCCGUGGUACAGGUGCCCGGGAGGCUGUUCCCCAUCACAGUCGUGUACCAGCCACAGGAGGCGGAGCCAACCACGUCCAAGUCGGAGAAGCUGGACCCACGCCCUUUCCUGAGGGUACUGGAGUCCAUUGACCACAAGUACCCACCUGAGGAGCGGGGUGACCUCCUCGUCUUCCUCAGCGGCAUGGCGGAGAUCAGCACCGUGCUGGAGGCCGCCCAGACCUAUGCCAGCCACACCCAGCGCUGGGUGGUGCUGCCCCUGCACAGUGCCCUGUCUGUGGCCGACCAGGACAAGGUAUUUGAUGUGGCGCCACCUGGAGUCCGGAAAUGCAUCCUCUCCACCAACAUCGCCGAGACCUCAGUCACCAUUGAUGGGAUCCGCUUUGUCGUAGAUUCUGGGAAGGUGAAGGAGAUGAGCUACGACCCGCAGGCCAAGCUGCAGCGGCUGCAGGAGUUCUGGAUCAGCCAGGCCAGCGCAGAGCAGCGGAAGGGCCGGGCAGGCCGCACGGGUCCCGGCGUCUGCUUCCGCCUCUACGCCGAAUCGGACUAUGAUGCCUUCGCCCCCUACCCGGUCCCGGAAAUUCGGAGGGUGGCCCUGGACUCGUUGGUGCUGCAGAUGAAGAGCAUGAGCGUGGGGGACCCCCGAACCUUCCCCUUCAUCGAGCCCCCACCACCAGCCAGCCUGGAGACCGCCAUCCUCUACCUCCGGGACCAGGGGGCCCUGGACAGCUCAGAGGCCCUCACGCCCAUUGGGUCCCUGCUGGCCCAGCUGCCUGUGGACGUUGUGAUUGGGAAGAUGCUGAUCCUGGGCUCCAUGUUCAGCCUGGUGGAGCCUGUGCUCACCAUCGCGGCUGCGCUCAGCGUCCAGUCGCCCUUCACCCGCAGCGCCCAGAGCAGCCCAGAGUGCGCGGCAGCACGGCGGCCGCUGGAGAGCGACCAGGGUGACCCCUUCACACUCUUCAACGUCUUCAACGCCUGGGUGCAGGUAAAAUCUGAACGAAGCAGAAACUCUCGCAAGUGGUGCCGCCGCCGGGGCAUAGAGGAGCAUCGGCUGUACGAGAUGGCCAACCUUCGGCGCCAGUUCAAGGAGCUGUUGGAGGACCACGGGCUGAUGACUGGGGCCCAGGCCACGCAGGUGGCGGACAGCUACAGUCGGCUGCAGCAGCGCCGGGAGCGCCGGGCCCUGCACCAGCUGAAACGCCAGCACGAGGAGGGCGCGGGGCGCAGGCGCAAGGUGCUGCGGCUGCAGGAGGAGCAGGACGGCGGCUCCAGCGAGGAGGACCGGGCUGGCCCAGACCCCCCAGGGGCUGGCGAUGGCGUGGACAUCCAGGAUGUGAAGUUCAAGCUCCGGCAUGACCUGGCGCAGCUGCAGGCCGCUGCCAGCUCAGCCCAGGACCUGAGCCGCGAGCAGCUGGCUCUGCUGAAGCUGGUGCUGGGCCGGGGCCUGUACCCGCAGCUGGCUGUCCCCGACGCCUUCAACAGCAGCCGAAAGGACUCAGACCAGAUUUUCCACACACAGGCCAAGCAGGGCGCCGUGCUGCACCCCACCUGCGUCUUUGCUGGCAGCCCCGAGGUGCUGCAUGCACAGGAGCCAGAGGCCAGCAGCUGCGAUGGAAGCCGAGACGACAAGGACAAGAUGAGCAGCAAACACCAGCUCCUCAGCUUCGUGUCCCUGCUGGAGACCAACAAGCCAUACCUGGUGAACUGCGUCCGCAUCCCUGCCCUCCAGCCGCUGCCCUGCCCCGAGUGCUCCUCGAGUGUCUCCGUGAUCCAAGGCCUGGCCUUGGAGUCCUCACGCAGCCCUGCAGACACAUGCACUGGAAAGCCCUCCUCACAGCCCCCUCCUUUUCCUCCCUUAGGGGCUGAGGAAGCUGCCCCCGAGACCCUCCAGAAGACGUCUGUCCUGCAGAGGCCCUACCACUGUGAGGCCUGCGGGAGGGACUUCCUGUUCACACCCACAGAGGUGCUGCGCCACCGGAAGCAACACGUGUGAGCCGGGCCAGGAGCCCUGCCCAGCUCCCUGCAGCCUACCUGCCCUCCAGCCCAGGACUAGGGGCAGGACCCCCAGCCUGGGUUUAGCCCUGUGGUCCUGUCCCAGUGCGGAGGGGCUGGAGUGUCGAUUGUGAAUAAAGCCUCACAUGCUGACACACACUGUUAAGCCUGCACCUACCCAUCCAAACACCAGCAGCUGCUCCGUUAGUCCUCCCCAGGGUCUAGCUUUCCUUCUUCCUGCUGCAGGGUGCUGCCUGAGGCGUCCUGGGUAGGAGGGGCAUUAGAGCCAGCAGGGACCUCCCAUGUCUCCUGGUUCCAGGUGCAGGUUCUUAGCACCUCCGCAGCCACUCUCUCGAGUCCAUCCUCAGUCUCUGCUUCCCCUUGAAGUAGGGGGACCCUGAAUUUGCCCGUCCACCUGGGUCACUUUGAGAGUUGUGCAGGGGGCUGGGGGCACUGGUGUUCACCUAGGACCACAGGCUGCACCAUAAGACCCAUUCCCAAUAAAAAAGAAAAGAACAGGCCGAGCCACGCGCGGUGGCUCACGCCUGUAAU